AUGCCCUUAUCAAAGCGACCACCACCGUACGUAGAGGCGGAAGACCCCAAGAGGCCGCCGCUUCGAUCGUCUCAAACCGAGGACCUGAAUCACCACUCCAUACCCGGCGAUGAGAUAUCCGUGGACGAGCAAGCUGCUGUCCUGCAAGCAAUGUCCCUGGAGUCACCACCAGGAAUAGUCCAGUCACCAAGCAGCUAUUCUCCCACAUCUACCGAGUUCAGUCCUAUAAGCCCCAUCAUAGCAUCUGCUCCGACCACACCCUUGACACCAGCUACACCGACAUCAGCAACGUCGUCCAAGUUCAAGUCGGUUCUGCAAGAUGUUCGGUAUUUCGCUGGUGGCCUGAUCGCCCACCCUUAUGAGUCUACCAAGCACUAUUCCAUUCUACGCCAUUCUCACGGCUUGGUCUACUACAGUGGCUCCACGACUAAUCUGGCCAUCACCAUCUUUUCGGACAGGGAGUUGCCACCCGAUCGGACAUUAUGGCUGCAGCGCAAGGGUUUCUCCGGCAAAACUGGCUUGAAGAUUGGCGGCCUGCUCGGCGCCCGGAGCACAUGGAUCAAUGUGACUCCCACGGUCAAGGCGACCCCCGAGCAACUCAAUCCGACUGACGAAAGGGCAUGGCAGAGGGACAUCAAGAAGUUUCUCAAAAAGGCCCCCAAGGAGAUCCGUUCCCACCGAGUUCGCGAGACCGAUGUACUCCGAAUACCAUGCGAGGCAGACGAUGGCUAUCUCAGGGUCGUCCUGUGUACGGCUGAGGGGAAGAAGGUGUUAUGUGGAAGUCCCAUAUUCCGGCUAGCUUCCUCGACCACGGAAUUCAGCACCCUCCGGGGGGCCUCGAUCAAGACCAUGCCGCUAGAGAUGGGCAUCAAAAUCGGCCAGAUCGUUGGGAACAACAUCCUGUCAGCCACACUGACCCCUAUCGCUGACCAGGCCAAGUCAGCGGUCACGGGUCAGGUGUCUCGGAUCUAUCAGCCCGGUUUGGCGGUGCAGGAAGCGGCGACCCUUGCAUACGACAAUAGCGGCGUACAGGACAAGAUUGACAACGUGAAUGAACAAUAUGACACUGCCCGGGAGAACGCCUACAGUUCCGUGCAAGAAGAGACGUAUGAUGCGUUGCAGCGACCGGAUAUCGUGGGCCCCGACACAGGUCCAGUGGCGCCAUUCCCCGUUCGCUUUCACGGCAAAGUUGUGACGGGCACGGGUCGAAGUAGAUCGAUGUUGAACAUCCCUACGGCGAAUUUGUCCGGAGUGCCCGAGGACAUCUUGGCGCGAUACAAGGGUGUCUUCUUCGGCUGGGCAGCCGUGAGUUUGCCCAAGAAAUUGGCUGCCGAGACUGCUGUGCCGAGUGACUGGUUCAAGGCUGUCAUUUUCAUCUCGCCGGACCCCGACAGGACGAGGACGGUGGUGCACAAGAACAGUGCGAGGGUGUAUGUGCUGCAUGAUUUCCAGGGCGUUCAACUUGUUGAUGCAAAAGUAUCGGUGAUGCUGAUGGGGUAUCUGCGAGCAAUGCAGGAUCUGAACCCAUAUGAAGAGCCCGACGUUGAAUCUAUGCAGUUUGACACGUACAAGGAUAUUGCCGUUACGACAGCGAGUCUGAACCGACCGGCCUGGACGGCUGAAGCGACCCUGGAGCGUGUAAAGUCAGCGGCGUCCAGUCGGACCAUGAGUGAGCGGUACGUCGAUUUCCGACAAAAUACUCAGAGACAGAUGGAUCGAGUGCCGGUGAACAAACUUGGGAUCCGGACCGAGGGAGCUGCGUUGAAGGACAAGUUGAUUGGGGUUGGGGGCGUGUGGGUGCCGAGAGAAGCAUUGUCAUAUACCACGUAG